AUGCCCACCCUCAAUACAGAAGCAAGACCAGGAAAAGCCCGUUUUGUGGCUAAGAAUGGUGCCUGCAACGUGGCUCAUAAAAAUAUCCGAGAACAGGGACGUUUCCUUCAGGAUGUCUUCACCACUAUGGUAGAUCUCAGGUGGCAGCAUAGCCUGCUGAUCUUCACAAUGACAUUUAUAUGCAGCUGGAUGCUGUUUGCUAUGGGCUGGUGGCUUAUUGCCUUUGCCCAUGGAGAUCUUGAUCCCAAGCGCAGCAAUUCCACACCUUGCGUCACUAACAUUCAGUCCUUUACUUCAGCCUUUCUUUUCUCAAUUGAGGUUCAGGUGACCAUUGGCUUUGGAGGUCGUAUGGUUACAGAACAAUGUCCCUUGGCUAUAACAAUUCUCAUCAUCCAGAAUAUAUCUGGCUUAAUCAUCAAUGCGGUCAUGUUGGGAUGUAUUUUUAUGAAGACGGCCCAGGCUAACCGUAGGGCUGAGACUUUAAUAUUUAGUAAACACGCUGUCAUAGCCUGCCGGGAUGGCAAGUACCGCUUCAUGUUCAGAAUAGGUGACCUACGCAAGAGUAUGAUCAUUAGUGCUUCAAUCAAGAUCCAGGUGGUCAAGAAGACCACAACCACUGAAGGUGAAGUCAUCCCAAUCUCUCAGGUAGACAUUCAAGUAGAAAACCCUGUUGGAACAAAUUCUAUUUUCUUAGUAUCACCGCUUAUAAUAAGCCACACAAUUGAUGAAAAGAGUCCCCUAUACAACUUCUCAGCUUACGACAUUUGCCAGCAGGAUUUAGAAGUGGUCGCCUUACUGGAAGGAGUAGUAGAAACAACAGGUAUAACAACUCAGGCCAGAACGUCUUACUUGCCUGAAGAAAUUCUUUGGGGUCGUCGUUUUGUGCCCAUUGUUACAGAAGAAGAGGGCAGGUAUUCUGUUGACUACUCUAAAUUUGGAAACACAGUUAAAAUCCAUGGACCCCUAUGCAGUGCGAAAGACCUGAUGGAAGGCAGAAACCAACCAAUUUCACAGGGUGGUCACCCUUCUAGAAUGUUGAAGAGAAGAAAAGUAGAAAGACAUGAACCUUCUAUUUCUGAAAAGAAAAUGCCCAGAGAUACCUCACCCCAUGAUUCUUUUUCUGACUCUUAA